AUGUCAGCUGCAGAGUCAACACAGGAGUACGCCAAGGCGCUCUCCGAGGCCCUCAAAAUGCCCAACAACGAUCAGACGACACUUUUGAUAGGAACAGAACUCAACAUGUUGGGCCUCCCGGAUAGUACUGGGCUGAUUUCCAGAUCCUUUACAUCCCCAUGGCUAGAGACUUCCAGAUCACAAGUGGAUCCAAAUUGCAAGCAAAUAGAAUCGUUCAAGUUAUCCAACUCAGAGCUUCCUGACCCUGCUAUGAAGAUCUCCACGUUCACGGACGAAACCCUGUUUUUCAUAUUUUACACAUGUCCCAAGGAUACGUUACAAGAGCUUGCGUCACGCGAGUUGGUGAAAAGAAACUGGAGAUAUCACAAGUAUUUACAGGUUUGGUUAACUAAAGAUUCCAAUCACGAACCUGUGCCUAACGGAUUGAACAGUGAGAGAGGGGUUUACAUUUUCUUUGAUCCGCAUAACUGGGAGAGAGUAAAGAAGGAGUUUGUAUUAUUUUACCAGUCCAUCAUGUAG